GGACAGCCCUUAUCAUCACACGGCAAAAACUGGCCACCGGUGACAAGCGGCUGCAGGGAAAUGGACUGGCCGGACUGGACGGAAUGGCCGGACUGGCAAAGCGAGAACAAUUACGAAUACGACCUGCUGCUGUACCAUCCCCGCCAGAGUCUUGGCGUUAAGUCAGCUGGCACACAGAACGAAGAAGAAUACGACCAGGACAAUGAGUGGAUCCGGUUCGGGCUCCGGUUGGGAGUCACCACGGCGCUACAUCCGUUCGAAUACGCCAAAGUGCUGAUGCAGAUCGGAUUUGAGCCGAUUGCUCCCGUUCCAGGAAGGACACUUUUCGGCAGGCCUACUAUGAUUCUACCCAAUGUUUUUAAAUAUGCACAAUUCAUCAAAGAUGUCGAUGGUUUUAGCGGGUGUUUCAGGGGUUUAAGCGCCAAGAUCGUCGGUAACAUGCUGAGCGCUUAUUACAGCGAGAAGGUAGCCGACGAAAUGGGUUUGGAAGCAGCACCAGCUGACAAACGUGCGGACUCUGCUGCGCCAACUCCGGAAGAAGACAGCAAGCAACUGGACGAACAAUUCAGGAAGCAACUGAAACGCAACGUUGUGGUGCACACGGCUGGGGUCGUCAUUUCACACCCGUUCCAUGUGAUAUCUAUACGGAUGAUGGCUCAGUUUGUGGGCCGGGAGAAACUCUACACAGGACUGUGGCAAUCAAUCCGGGAGAUUUGGUCUCAAGAGGGAAUCGCAGGUUUUUUCUCUGGAUUCAUGCCCCGGCUUAUUUGCGAUUUGGGUUGUCUCGUUAUUUCAAGUUCGGCAACCUAUCUGGUUAGCAAGUACCUUGUCCGGGAGCGAGAGGGUCGAGUUUAUGUUUCAAGCAUUUCGCAGUUUGUAGUAUCAAGUAUGUUCUAUCCGUAUCACGUGGUAUCAACUAGCAUGAUCGUUAACGGAUCUAGACUGAAGGCAGGCUCCAUGCCAUCCAUGGAACAGUACAGCGAUUGGAGAGACUGCUAUUCUAAACUUAAAGCCGCUGGUCAACACAAACGGGGAAACUCGCUGUUCUUUAGAUAUACCUCACGCGCUUUGACCAACAGUUAUGAAUCGAAAAAACUGAUGAACUAGCUCCAAUGCUAAACAAUUUGAACAGUGGGAUCAAAUGCCACGCUCGCAAGCUGGAACGCAAAAGCUACCGCCAAGAGUUAGUCAUAUUUAGCCCCUUUGUGCUUGCAAGAUAAGUAUCAAUUCAAGUGACAAACAUUUAUUCCAUUUACUAAACAAUCGAAUUGAAAAUGCACAUGUUAAUCCCCUAUUGAAAGAUAUAUAGGUACUUACUUAUAAUUGAGCCUCCAAACUGAUUACCGUUAGGAGAUUUUGUUGAACUUCUUUUAUUAGAAUUUAAACAAAUUUAGUGGUCGCAUUUAUUCAGCUCUACGCAACAUGUUUUGAGAGGUUGGACCACAACUCAUGGUUUCAAGAAUUAAACAAAAAAUCUGCCAAAAAGUCUUCGUGUAGAGCAUUUGAAUCAUUUUAGGUGAUCUUAGAGUUUUGUUCUCGUUAGCAAACUACACAACUUGUUCUUUAUUUCUGUUUGAGCCGGACUCUUUUUGUUAUGAAAUUGUGCAGAAUUCUCAAAAAGACAGCACUUCAUGAGCUGUAACAUUGCGAAUUUAAAGAUUUUCUUCUCCGAUUCAUGGAUUAA